GAACGGCCUGGAUGCACUGCACGGAGCCGCCGCCGCGCUCCGCCCUCAGCCCGGCGGGCCCGGGGAACCGGAGCUCUACGCACACCGCCCCUGGCAGCUGCUGCCGCGUGGGACCCGCCGCGCAGAGUCAUAGGAACUAAGCUUUGUGUAAAAAAUGGAAGUUGAUGUGGCUGGAGAGUCCAGAACUGCCCUCUCCACUCUCUCUGUGCCUCUUGCAGAGGUGAGUUCUGCAGCCAGGAUGGAAGCAGAAAAGCCACGCUGUUCCAGCACCCCCUGCUCACCAUUGAGGCGGACAGUUGCAGGGUAUCAAAUCCUUCACAUGGAUUCUAACUACCUGGUUGGCUUCACAACUGGAAAGGAGCUGCUAAAAUUAGCCCAUAAGUGUAUUGGAAGUGAAGAGAAUAAAAGAGAAUCUGGUCCUAACUUGGGCUCCAAACAUCUUGAUUCAGGAUUUUCACGUUCCUCGCGUUUGUACAAAACUAGAAGUAGGUUCUACCAGCCAUAUGAGAUCCCAGCAGUAAAUGGAAGGAGGAGGAGACGGAUGCCCAGCUCAGGGGAUAAAUACAAUAAAGCUUUACCAUACGAACCUUUCAAGGCACUUCAUGGUCCCCUGUCUCUCUGCAUUUUGAAAGGUAAAAGGGCUCAUUCAAAAUCCCUAGACUACCUCAAUUUAGACAAAAUAAGCAUUAAGGAACCUGCUGACACAGAAGUGCUACAAUACCAGCUCCAACACCUUACUCUUAGAGGGGAUCGUAUGUUUGCAAGGAAUAGCACAUGAGCUAUCAUCUCAAAUUUAUAAAUGAUUUCUGAUCUUGGUCUGUUGCUGCAGAAAUCCACUGUUAUACUGUGUACAUGACUGUCCACAUUGUAGGUGGUUUUAUCAGCUCAGUGUUACCAGGAAGUAAUUUAUUUGAAUACAAUCUUGGCAAUGCAAUGUUCUACAAAUACUUGGAGAGAGAAAUCUUUCCUGAUCAAGCAGCUUCUCAUAUAGAUUUGACUGCAACUACUGGAUAUUUCUUUGGACACAUUUUAACAAAAUAAAAAGCUUUUGAUUUUUGGUAUUUUUUUUCUGUCUGCCACAUCUAGUGUUUACAGCAAUUCAACACUGAAAAAUUUAUGAUGUCUGCUUGGUUGUUGCUAAUUUUGGCUUGAUAUUAGAAACUGCUCUUGGAUAGGUACCCAAGGAGGUUUUUUGGGUUUACUUUUUGUUUCUGUAGUAAAAUGUAUGCGUUUUUCUUACAGCAUGGAUAGGAAAGUGAGCAUGACUGGAUUAAUUACUUGCUAUUUAAGCAAUCCAGUUCAUACAUUUGGGACUGUGCUUGUACUGGUGAUGUGGGUGAGAUUUGUUUGUAAAAGAAACAUUUGCUACUUGAAUCUUAUUAAAUUAUUUUUUUAGUUUCUCCAUGGAAGUAAUUGCUUUGUCCUUUUUAUUCUAUAAAACAUGUUCAGAAUCAGUCUUUAAGUUAUUAAAGCAAAUCUUUCAGGAGGUAAAGUGGUUUUUUUUGUUUGGUUGUUUUUUUGGGUUUCUGGGGGGUUUUUUGUUAGAUUUUGUUUUUAAAUUGUCUAGAGACAGAAAAUGGAAUGUCUAUACUGGUAUGUUCGUCAUGUUUUUGAUUUUAAUUUGUGAUUUUAAUUUCAUCUGUAGUAGCAGAUGUUGUCAACUUCAGCAUAGCUUUGGAAAUUUUGUUGACUUGAAGCACUGAACACGAGCUCUGGAGGGCAGAUUUUUUUCUUGACAAGAGUGCAAGUGAAAUAUUUCUUGUCAGCGUUGAAGAGAUGAUCUUGAAUUUUGCAGCAGGAUAAUGCAGUGGGUUACUUUUGUUAAUAAAUUUUUAUCCAAAUAUGACAUCAAAUGCAGUUUUGACAGCUGUAUUCUUAGAUGUGUUUAAAAUAUUUUAUUUAAUUAGUUUUAAUUUUACUUUAUAGUUUAAAAAUGAAAAAUAGUUUUCAUACUGUAUUUUUUUUAGGUGCAGUCUUGUACUGAAGCAGUGCAUAACUUGAUUUUGCCUGAUGUCCUCUGCAGAAGUUAAAAAUAAUUUCAUAUUGCUUUGAAACAUAAAUUAUUUAUCAGUUGUUUCUGAUAGAGUCAAGACUUUUGUUUGUUUGUUUAUCACUCAGAAUUACUAGAAAGCACUAGUUAGUGCAUGUGCUCUGGGAAAUGAAGAGUUCUUGCGCUGUCACUCCACAAUUUAAAUGAAGGCAGCCCGCUAGUGAGCAUUUUGUAGUUUGGUUAUCUUUUUUAGGUUUAUUAGAAAACAAAAAAAAAAAACCAAAUCCAGUGUGUAUUCUCAAAGUUACCUACACUGGUGUAAAUUUAAUGUCUUGAACAAUGAUCUUGAAAGUAAAAGUCUUCCUAUUAGUCUUUAAGUUGAAAAACACAAUACGGUCAGAUGCCAAAGAGAUGGGGGCUUUAUUUAAGGAAUAAACACUACUAUUUAUCGAAAUAUCAAAUUAAUUUGUAUUUCUGGCUGAAAAAUAAAAAGGGUAUUAUAAACA